AUGGACAGCGAAAGUGUGACCCUGUUGAACCAACUUUGUACACACCAUGAGAUGCAUCCCAAAACAAGGCUAAGCGACGUCGGCAGUGAGAGCUGCGAACGUGUUCGCAUGAAACUCCGUGCUCUUCUGGUAGCUCUGCUCGGAGUAUCCAUGUCUGCGUGCGCCUUCGCCUCACAGCCGGUCGAACUAGAACUAGAUGAUGAUGAUGUUGCGCAAAAACUUAACAACGUCAGUUUUGCUAGAAGAAUAACAAAACCUACAAUACGCCUGGUCAUGGGUUAUGGAAAGCUUAGCGCCUUCAUAACAGCUGCUACUUCACUGUUGCUUCUCAUAGCUGUCAUGUCAAAGCAGUCUUGGUGGCGAAGAGGUGCGCGUUGGUUGGCGGCGCCGGCGUUGUUAGUGGCGGCCCUAGAGGCAGCUUCGGACGCAAGCGACGCGAUGCUCGCAGCGGCAUUGCGCGGCUCCGCGGAACCGGCCCAGGUCAUCGUGCAAACACUAGUCGCUGGACUGCUGGUCACUAUCGAGAUUCUUGUUUGGUACUUUAUAGCAAAAUUUUUCGAAUAUAAUCCACCGAAUAUUGAGGAAAGAGAAAAGGAAAUUUUACCAAUAUCGCAUCUGCCACAGAAUAUUAUGUAA